AUGUCCGAGUCACCUGGACUCAGAAAUGGACGAAUGGGUAACAGCGUAUGGGACCGGCCUGCUGUCAAGGUUCGCAAGGCUGCCGCCUGUCAGGAUUUGCCACGUCCUCAGCAGAAGUUCACCGUUCUUGAACUCUGCUGCAUCUUGGCCUGGAUUGGGUGUAAUGCGGAGAGCCCUUCCGGAGAGCAGCUCACGGGGGAGGAAAAAAAACCGCAACAAAAGAAGACUUGA